GCCGGAAAUCGCUGACAACAGAUUUGUCCGCAGAAAAGAAUGGCUGGGCUGCUGAAAAAGACGACUGGCCUGGUUGGCCUAGCAGUGUCCCACAAUCCACAUGAGCGUCUGAGGAUUCUGUACUCAAAGAUCCUUGCAUCACUGCAGACCAUGCCACAGGACGCAGCAUACAGGAAGUACACAGAGCAGCUGGUCAACGAGAGGUUCAACCAUGUCAAAACGGAGCCUGAUGUUGAGAAGCUUGAGACCAAGAUAAACUGUGGCCAGAUCGAAGAAGUAAUUUUCCAGGCGGAGUGUGAGCUGGCUCUGUCCAGGAAGAUGUUGGAGUGGAAACCAUGGGAACCGCUAGUAGAGGAGCCUCCUACCAACCAGUGGAAAUGGCCUAUCUGAAUACAUCUGUGUAUACUGCUAUGUCGUACUGUGUGUGUGUGUUCCAUCCUUCUGCUUCUUAUGAAGUAUUGUACAAAUACAAGACCUGCAGCUAUUUCCCCGUUUAUUCUAGAGUGUCAUUGUUGAACUUAUCACAGAAUAAGAACUACUAUAUAUAUACACCAUUAAAUGAGCCAGUUACAUUUUUAUAGCUGCACCAGGAGAAAGCUGAAUGCAAAUCACUGGUCUGUAGAUUUAGGAAAAAAAAAACUUUUUUUGGUUCAAUUAAGAAUACCACAGUUGGUGUCGCUAUAAGUAAAACCUUCAAAAUCAAAUAUCCGAUGUAUCCCUCACAACACAGUACAUUGAUUAAGUCAGAAUAGUAAAAAUAAGUCAGUUUUUAGCUGGAAUGCAGCUGCUGUAGUCAUACAUAAUAAAGGAGGCAUUAUGUAUUAUGCUAGAGCGAAAUCGGAUCAACAAAAAACAUCUCUGCCAUCACACACUGUUGUCAUACAGAAGGUUAUGACCACUGUUCAGACACCAUCUGCAGCUGUGUCAUCCUCCUCAGGCUCUGACCUCCUGUAAGCCACUGGUGGCUCUCUGUAACAGCUGGAGCAUGAUGGGAUAUAUGGGAGCAAACUCCUUCCCCUGCCGAGCCCUCACUGACUGCACGUAGGCCUCCAGAGUGCCCCUUAGAUGAGAACAUAGAUGAAACAUUUCAGUUACACCGCAUGGUUCUAUCAGCAGGUUUCAGUGAGUAAUUAUUUACAAUGUACAGCUUGUAUUGACACAACAGUGACUAUCUCUUUUCAAUUUAGAGAAUGGACAGAGGAAAAAAUGCUCAAGUUUACCAUAAAGUGAACAACCAGUUCAGGUAAAUGCUGUUGUGUGUAUUUUGAUUGGAAGAGUCAGCAUGCUGAUUUAUGAAAGGAAUAAGCAAACAUAAUAAAAUAUCACCUGAGGAGAGUGAGCCUGUCUCUCUCAGAGGGAUGAUCGUCCAGCCACUGGGAGUAACGGGCAAUGGACCACUCUGCUCUCUGUGGGGGAGAAUGCUCUUUUAGUUGCUAUCUUGAUAUACACUGAAAAGUCAACACUUUUCUCUUGUGAUUCAUAUAGAUACUUGAAAUCAAAGAUGCAGAUUGAUGUCUGUUUCUACACAGACUUAGUGUACAUCCUUACUGUGUGUUAAGUAUUAUAAACAAGACAAGAUCACAAUAAAAUUGGUGUGUGUACAGGCCUGGUGAGGUGACUUGAGCUCAGAUGGGGCUCUGGUGAGGAGGAAGUGCAGCAGAGUGCUGUAGGGGAUCAGGUCACCCACUGCUGGACUGCUGGCUAUCAUCUCGCUGGUCUGAAACAGCAGUGGCCUUGAACACAAAACACACAAUAGAAUGUGUAUACUCUAUACUGGACACAAUCAGGCUUAAAGGACCAUCAAAAUAUGUCUUAAUAUAUUUUGUAUCAUCAGCUAAAAAUAAUAUAAAGUUUAUAUUGCUCCUAAACUUUUUCCACAACAUCAGUGUUUAGAUUGAUUUCCUUCCUUCCAGGCAAGCAGUGGUUUCAGUCCAUUUCAGUUAUUAAAUGAUGUUUGAGGUUGCAAAGUGCAACCAACUGAAUACUCAGCUCUAUCUCCCCUACAGUGGCUGCUUAAAACAGGAAAGGCCCUCUGUAAGGUCAGUGUUUGGUCUGUCUUGUUCUUGGCUACUGUAGAAACAUGGCAUUGCAACGUGGAAAAACUCCGUGGAAGACGACAUGCUCCCUCUGUAAAUAUAAAGGGCUUAUUCUAUAACAACAGUAAUCUUGUAAUAAUCCAAAGAAGUACCAAAUUCAUCUCAGAUAAAAGACUUUCCUUGAACACAGCAAUUACUGAAUAGAAUGAAUUGACACCAUUGGUUGUCAGUGAGGUACAGUGGGAAAACAAUCUAAAAACUUAUGAUACAUUUGGUCAACAUGGCAAAUGACCUGUAGAUACCAGGAAAAAAAUUGUGCUAUCUUUAGCGAUUUAAACACCAAUCUUAAAUGCUCAGUUUACCUAAACUGCCAGCUCAAAGUUCUGCUGUUUAUCUGCUAUAAUGUGAAUGUGGUUUGAGUUAGAUGAACUGACCCUCACUUCCGACUAGCCCCUGCUCAAAACAAAAUAUUUCUACUUAAAAAUGAUGAUGAAAAUCACCCCUGAUCCUGGUUACAAUAAAAUCAAAGAGUACAAAUGACGAGUGAUGAGUGUUG